GUGCGCCGCCAGCGGCCCCGACUUUCUCGGGGGAUCGCAGGGCGGACCCGCGCUGUUGGGAACACUGGCGUGAUGCGGUGGGCGCGUGGAAGUUCCGAGUCAAGCGCUACCUGCCGCUCGCCGAGGCGGCGCUGCAGCUCAGAGAUGCCGUCACGGGGGAGGCGCUGAAGGAGAUCAUCUCCGAACCGCCGAUGACAUGGGCCACCCAGGACGGCAUCGAACGUUUGGUUGAGGUUAUGCGCUCGCCCUUCGGCGAGGAGGAGAUUUUCCACACGGGCGACCUGCUGUCAGCGUGCGAGAGGAUCAAGAGGAGUCAUGGUGAUAAAAUCCACGCCUACUGUGCCAGAUACGUCAGAGUCGAGCGUGCGCCCAAGCAGGUCAAGAUCAAUAUCGCCGAGUCUCUAGACGCCCAGGCUCGCGGACACCGCUUGCUGAGCACGGCGCUUCUCGGCGAAGAACAUGUGCGAGGUAUUCUUUGGGUUUCCCACAGCUACCACAGCUACGAGUUCGACGGGAUCAUGGGCGCCAUCGGGCGCCUGUGCCCGGAGAGGGCGGCGGCGCCGCCAGUGGUCUGGCCGCGCCGCGAGAGGGCGCCGGGCGACAAUCGCGAGCGAGGCCACGGGCAGGAGCUUGGCGGCGGCCCUCGGCGGCAGCAACCACCUGCGCCGCCCAGCCGCCCCGCCCUGCUGGACAGGCUGUCAGCUCCGCGGCCGCCCCCGCCUCGCCACGCGGUGAACGCCGCCGAGGCCGCGAUCGAGGAGGAUCAGCUCGGCGAGGAGGCUGCCGAGCACGAGGAUGAGGCCGACGGCCAGCUAGAUGACGAUGAGCCCAAUACAGAGGAGGCCGCCGACCAGGAACCCGCCGAGUUCGACGGAGUGCACGAGGCUAUGACGGCCUUGAACGACGUUCUCAGCAUCGCGUCUCAGAAGCUGAUGGGGAUCACUCAAUCAGUCUUCAAGGGCCUGGCAGUCGGAGAUUCAAUCGAGUAUAUCGACGAGUUUCACGGUAAGAGUUGGAUGAUUGCCGAUACCGCGUGCCAAAGGAUGGUCCAUGGAUCCGCUUGGGGGGGCAUUCACGCCCAGAGGCUCGAAGACAGAUCCCUGCCCCUCGUCAAGUGGGCCGUCCAGGAGAGGUUCAAGUUUGGUGAGGGCCCCGAGAUCCACUCAGUCCCCCAAUGGGGUUACCCGAUAGGCAUCGCAGGUGUGGCGCUCUGGGCUAGGUCUUCCGAGGUGUCGUCCGCCAUCCCCCUACUGGCCUCCAACGAGUUCCUGGUCCUCUUGGGAGCCUCCAUCAACAUGUUCGUGGGAUUAAUCAGCUUCUUGGGGAUCGGGGUUUACGACCUCCCGCUUCAGAGGGCCAGGAACGGCCAGCUCAUCGUGUGCAUCUCCGAUUUCCCGAACGAGUUACCUGACUUCUCGGAUUGGGACACCUUGGAUGAGGACGUCACCCUACCCCCCGAUGCGAAGAUCAAAUUUGAACACCGUCGAGUGCGACACCUCGAGCGAGUACAACUGAACCAGGGGACCUCGGCGAGCGAGUCUACCAAGAUGGACGUACAACGACACCAGCGAUGCGUGCACUUCGACAUUGCCGACGACGGCCUAACCGAGUACGAGACCCCCGAGGGCACCAUCGAGAUCGAGCGAUCCGAGUCGACUAGUCAGGCCUUCCGAGCUUCGUUGAUGACGGGCCCGGGUUUUCGGAACGCGUUCCUGAAGGCGACGCCGCUCCUGGCUGCCUUCGUCAAGGGAAGCGCCGAGGGUCUGAAGGCGCACGAAGCCUACCUGGACAUGAAGGCGCCCAAGAGACGCAAGCCGUGCGACCACCAGGACCCGACCGCCGGGGUCUCGACCAUCAUGGAGUACUGUGCGGGUCGCCAUGGCUGGUGCGCCAGGUGCCAGCAGACGGCGUGCCAGAUGAGCAGCGCCGAGCGCAUCAUCUUCGAGACCCUCAGCCCCAGCACAGUCCAUGACGGCGCCCCGCUGCAAGGAGCUCUGAAGCGUCGCAUCGGCGACCUCAACCGCACCAUCUCUGCGCUCGAGGUCGAGGCUCAUGUUCGGGACGUCGUCGACAGCACCGCCCGACAGGUCAACGCCGAGGCGCCGCACCGCGCGCGCAUCCUCGAGGGCUUCGCCGGCAGGUACUUCCUUCUCGAGAACGCCGACCGGAGCCAGGCGUGGGAGCAGCCCGAGUUCGACCCGCUCUGGAAGGACCACCACACCGUCUGGGGACGAGGCGACAACUGCCCCCACAACCUCAGGGCUCUCAACGGCGAGCUGAUGCGUAAGACGCGGACGUGGGUAAGCAACCAUCCCAAAUUGCUGGAGUCGGUGACUCGCAGGUGCGAUCGCAGCCAUCGUCACGCUGAAGUUCAAGGGCGCGACACUUCCCGCUCUCAGGUAUCCGCCGAGGAGCUCGCAGACAGCAUCCUGACCGUCGUGCAGCAGAUGGUUGCCGUCCGAUCGCCCGCUUCGCUCGCCUGGACAUCUAGCUACGACCAGUGCCGAUACGAAUGGCAUCCUCAGGACAGCACCCCCGCGGACCACCACGACCAGCUCUACACCGCCUGGUUCGCCGACGUCGACCGCGACACCGACGAGUGGCAAGUUGUCCUCACCCAGACGAUGCUCAUGAUGGAGGAUCGGGCCCGCGACGCCUGGGAGCUGCUGCCAGGCCACGAGAUCUACCAGCGCAUCCAGGACCUCGUGCCAUGGGAGCUCGUUCGAGUGCAAGCUGCCCGGGUACCAAAAGCGCGUAGGCAUGCAGUCGACAUCGUCUACCGCCAUCGCGGCAUGGCCGCCAUCGCCCACGCAGGUAACAUCAUCGUCGAGACUGAAGCGCUGAAGGACGUCCAGUACCCGAAGCUCCGCUUCAGCGAGCCGAUCGCCCUCGCUAUCUUCUUCUUCGGGUGCCGCAGCCAGGACCUGCUGCUGCCCAAGUUCACCCUGAGAGCGCCGCGGAGCCUCCAGUGGAAGAGCCGGGCGCGCGUCCGCCGGCGCCGCCAGUUCAGGCUGCCGAUCCCGACCUUUACUCUAUCGCAGGGUGCCGCAUUCAAGUUCCCUAACCUCAGCGAUGACAAGUGCCCCCGCGAGAUCAAGGCGAUGGUCGCCCGCCUCCACUGUCAUCAUGGACACGCUGGCCGCGAAGAUCUCCGACGUUUCUGCGCCUGGCAGGGGGCCAAGCCAUCAGUUUACCUGGCAAUCGACUUUUUGAAGUGCGAGGCCUGCGAGCGGACUCGCCCGCCAGCUAGGCCCAAGCCGAUCUCCGCUACGAUCCGGUACCUGGGUCAGUUUGGCGAACACCUCCAGGCCGACUUCUUCACUAUCGUAGACGUCGCCAACACGCCGCACCACAUGCUCGGUAUCAUAUGCCUCAACACGCACCUCCACCGCGUGAAGCGCGCGGUCGACCGCUUCCCCGAGACAGCUGUGUCCGCCUUCCUGGAGGCAUGGGCGUUACCGUUCGGCAUGCCGAUGGUCACCGCCGUCGACAUGGACGGCAGCUUCAUGGGCUAUUUCAAAGAGCGGCUCGAGUCGUACGGGGUCAACGUUUCCUACUGCCCGCCCGACGCACAUUGGCAGAUCGGGACCGUCGAGAGGCAUAACGCGUCAUGGAGGUGGAUUUGGAAUCGGACAUGCGACGCCUGCGCUGUGAAGACCGCCGAGGAGGUUGACAUGGCCACCAUGACCGUCAGCGAGGCCAAGAACAACGCAGUUCGUCGGGCUGGGCGCUCCGCCAACCAGUGCGCCCUGGGAAGGACUCCUCGUAUUCCUGGUGAGUUGCUCUCCGACGACCACGGCCUUGCCGUCGCCGCCAACGCCACUAAUUCGCAGCACGUGAUGAACAACGACUUCUACCGCCUGGAGGCCAACAUCCACACGGCCCACUUUAACUACGAGCAGCACGUGAGGAAGUCGCUCCUCCGGAAAACCAGUCACUUGCGCUACGACCUUGACAAGCUCAUCGCAGGCCAGCAGGUUGGAUGCUGGCGCCGGGACGCCAAGAAGCGCCCCAGCGGCAAGUCGUCGCGCCCAGGCUUCGUCAUUGGCACCUUCCUACAAUGGGACGGCGGACAACAAGGACACGGACUCGGCCGCAACGCUUGGGUCAGAGUCGGUCAGGCCAUCAAGCUUUUCAGCCGCGAACAGCUUCGACCAGCCAUUGGUUUCGAGCAGUGGGUACCCGACGCCCAGGACAUCGAGGUUCUUAAGAGCAGCUACGACCUCAUGAAGGACGACCUCUGGGAGGACGAGCGAGACGCCGGGCCCGCGCCCGACGACCUGGCGGAGGAGGCCGACAUCUUCGUCGACGACGGCCGCAACCUUCUUCCAGGCCGCAAAGGACUUUUGCCUCCACAGCCUGCCGACGCCGAUCUUCCUGGAGCUCAGCCCGUUCCAGUCGAGCCGCCACCAGCCGCGGUGGCCCCGCCUCAGCCAGAGGCGAUUCCGUCCGAGCCGACGCCGGUCGAGACCGAGGUCCCGCGCACGACCCCCAUGGGCGCGGAGGUUACCCAGGCCACUGACUCCGUCUCCGCCGAGCCGGACACGAUCGAGACCGAUCUGAAGGCUUGGCUGACGUCCUUCUGGGCCACCGAGGUCGGGGACGGGGCUGACGGCUCCGACGAGAUGCCCGCCGUGGUCGCCAAUGUCAGCCGCUACGCCGACUACGCGGACGAGAUCGAGGUCAUCUACGAGGUGAACGCCAUCGUCGCCGACGACGGGCCCAAGCUUCCUCUGGUGCCAGACUCCGAGGACGACGAGCCUGCCGACCAGAACCAGGCCACCAUGACGAGGGCCGAGCGGAAGGCCUACGACCGCGAGAUACCCUGGCGCGAGAUCAUGAAUAUGGACGGCUCCACCAUCCAGAGCUUCCUUGAAGCCACGCGCAAGGAGUACAGCAACUGGGUCAAGCGGGCGCCGAUGGUCGCAGCGCCAGACGACGUCGCCAAGGACAUGCUCAACACGCCCGAGAUCCGCAAGAGCUGUAUCCGGGCGCGAUGCUGCUAUCGUGACAAGAACUGCGGCCAAGGAGAGCUUGCCGCGAAAUGCCGGGGAGUCGCCGUCGGUUGCAGCGGCCCGAGGCUCGAGGCGCUCGAGCGGAGGUCUCCCACUACGCAGCGCAUCAGCUUCUUCACAGCAUGCCAAAUCCUUGCCAGCAUGAAGAUCUACGACCCAGAGGGCAACUGGACCGCCUGCGUCGGCGACCUCGAGAACAGCUUCUUCCAGGGCAGCCGCGAGAGGGAGGACAUGGUCUACCUCAUUCCACCGCGUGUCCCACUGGUCAUCGCCACCGGCUCCUGGCCAGAUACGUUGUACGAGGUGACCGGCAACAUCUACGGUUUCGCAGACGCCCCACUGGUGCUGCGUCGUCACAUUCGACGCAAGAUGUACGAUUUGGGUGUCGUAAGUCAUCGCCUGGACGCGAUGUGUUUUCUGAAGUUCGAUAAAGGACGUUUAUUGGCCAUUGUCUUGUGGUACGUCGACGACAUGUUCGCCGUAUACGCCAACAGCCGUUUCGAUUUCUCCCAGCGGGAGAAGGUUUUCGUAUGGGGCAAGCUCGUGUAUCUGCCUCAGGAGCUCGUGUGGUGCGGGCGUGAGAUCAAUCAGUACCACGACGGCCGAGUCGUCAUCACUCAGAAGGAGUACAUCAAGG